AUUAUAUGGAUGUGUUGCAUGAGUGUUUUGGGACACUGUUCAUUAUGCAGUUUGCUUAAGCUUAAUAUUAACUGGAAAUAACCACGUUUACAUUAUUUCGCCAUCAGUGUGGAUUUAGUAAGCAUAGAGGCAGCUGCUCUUAAGCAGGAGGCGCAGUCAGGCAGCUUUGUUGGCGCGAGACGAUACUAGCCGAGCUACAGCACCUAGUUUUCUCUAAAAUAAAUAAACUGAUUCCAUGUUUUUUAAAUGUUGCUGAGUAUACUUGUAUCUUUGAUUAGUCUAGUAGCAUGCCUGAGGUACAGGUAUUAUUUAGGGAAUGGAAAUGCGGAUUCCUUAGCAGCCUCAACUUUAUGACUGUCCAUAGAUGAGAGGAAUCUUUGCACAUUUAAGUGCUGUUGUGAAGGCCUAAAUUGUACAAGUAGUUGGCUAACUCCAGACUAUCCUUGCUUCCCUAUUCAGUAUAUAGCUGUAGCACCAGCUUUCCCUGACCAUUCCACCAUGAGAUUUAUAUCCUGCACCUACAGAAAAUGUGCCCCUAGAGCUGCCCAGAUCUUUCUCAUUUGUGCCACAUGGUUCUGCAGCGUUGGUAGAUCGACCUCUGUAACUAACGAAGCUCCAAGGUUAGCCUUCUACUUUGGGACCAAGACCAGAUAUGAAGAAGUGAAUCCCUUUCUUCUGACAAAUCCGCUUUUGGUUACCAGAAAACAGGAUCUUCUGCCCAAUACUUGCACUCCACUCCAGGUAGUCUCUGUGAUCAGGCAUGGCACAAGAUAUCCGACCAAAAAGCAAAUUAUGAAGCUGAAGAAAAUGUAUAGCCUAAUCCAAAAAAGCGAGAGCAAAUCUGAGCUGGUGAAGGAGCUGCAGAGCUGGGAUAUGUGGUAUGAAGACUGGAUGGAUGGACAGCUGGUGAAGAAAGGCGAGGAGGACAUGAAGAAUCUCGCUUACAGGCUGGCUUCCCUCUUCCCUGCUCUUUUCACUGUUGACAAGUUCCUUAAAUAUAAAAUGUCUUUUAUCACCAGCUCUAAGCAUCGCUGUGUAGACAGCACUAAAGCUUUUAUCAGAGGUCUGGCACACAGUUAUUUCCGACUUCCUCAGCCCACUGAAGAUGAAAAAACAGAUAUAACAUGCAGAGAACCUGUGGUCAAUGACACUCUAAUGCGUUUCUUUGAUCACUGUGAGAGGUUUGUAGUCCAGGUGGAAGAUAACGACACAGCAAUGUAUGAAUUGGACAAGUUUAAGGAAGGUCCAGAAAUGAGGAGAGUUCUGCAGAAAAUUUCUACUCUCUUAGAUAUUCCAGUACAUGAGUUAAAUGCAGAUUUAAUUCAAGUGGCCUUUUUUACGUGCUCCUUUGAACUUGCCAUUAACAAUGUCAUUAAUUCCUCAUGGUGCAGCUUGUUUGAUGAAGAAGAUGCAAAAGUUUUGGAAUACCUCAAUGACCUGAAGCAGUAUUGGAAGCGUGGCUACGGGUUUGAUAUCAACCGCAGGUCCAGCUGUAGCCUGUUCCAGCAUCUCUUCCACCUUUUGGACACCACAGUCUCUGAAAGCAAAAGGUCCCAGCAAAUCUCCGUCCCUGUGGCCAUGCAUUUUGGACACGCAGAGACAUUGUUGCCACUCCUGGCACUAAUGGGGCUGUUUAAGGAUGAGAAACCACUUACCGCUGACAACUUUGCCACCAAAUAUGGACACCAGUUCCGCAGCGGCAGAAUUGUACCUUAUGCUUCAAACUUGCUAUUCGUCCUAUACCACUGUGACUUGGCAGAGAGUCCUGAGGAAGAGUACCAAGUGCAGAUGCUGCUGAAUGAAAACCUCCUUCCUUUUCCCCACUCACAGCAGUCCGUCUGCCUGUUUGAUGACUUGAAGAAGCAGUACAGUCACCUCCUUGACAGUUGCCAUGUUAUAGAAGAAUGUGAGCUCACAAAAGCUGCUCAUACCUCUGAGGAUGAACUAUGAAACAGGCUAACUCCAUAUGAAUAUUAUAUCCUCUAUAUUACCAUGCUCCCUAUUCUUGUGUGUUCAUUUUAUAUGCUUGUGUGUUUUUUAUUGCAUUUAUCCAGACAACAUGCUGAUUAGGGAGCAGUGUGCAUUGUGGUCCUGUUUGAUACACAGCCUCUCAUUUUAGCAUCCUACAUCCACACUGUCCUGUAGGUAUCCGGACUCCAGGUCGACAACAAAAAGGUCGACACACCUUAGGUCGACGUCAAUUGGUCGACACGCCUUAGUUCGACAUGGCCAAAAGGUCGACAGGAACAAGGUCGCCAUGGAAAAAGGUCGACAUGAGUUUUUUAUAUAUUUUUUUUUCUUUUUUCGAACCUUUUCAUACUUAACGAUCCACGUGGACUACGAUUGGAACGGUAAUCUGUGCCAAGCGGAGCGAAGGCACCAUGCCCGAAGCAUGGCGAGCGAAGCGGUGCACUAAUUGGGGUUCCCGGUCACUCUACGAAGAAAACGACACCAAAAAAACAUAAAAAACUCAUGUCGACCUUUUUCCACGUCGACCUUGUUCCUGACUACCUUUUGUCCAUGUCGACCUAAGGUGUGUCGACCAAUUGGCGUCGACCUAAGGUUUGUCGACCUUUUUGUUGUCGACCCUGAGUCCCAGACCCGUCCUGCAAGCGGUAAAAAUAAAGAUCAGAUGAUAUACUGUAAAAUGGUAAUUACAGACAUUACCACAUUUUAUACUAUAGGAAAGAAUACCUAUCCCAAGCACUACAGAGGUUUAUUGCGGAACAUCGGUCACUGACUCCUUUUGCCAAUAAAAUACAUUUACUUUU